UUUCUUUUCUUGUGUUUUGCUUGGUUGACUAUGAGUGGGCAUGUACGUAAUUCUUCCGUAGAUAUUGAGGAAGAGCUAGCUCAAAUAAAAAGAUAUGAAGACUUUACAACAACUGACUGGGUCAAGGACGCCAUAUUGGAGCGGUAUCGACAAUCUUCUAUACAGAACCUCAACUCAAACGACAAGUCAUGGCGUGCUUGGUGGCAUUUGACGUUUGAAACCAUGGAAUCUUGGAUCGUCGUGUUGCUUGUAGGUGCUGCUAUUGGGCUCAUGUCAGCGUUGAUUGCUAUCAUUACAGAUUGGUUAUCAGAUAUUAAACUUGGAUAUUGUUCAACUGCUUGGUGGCUCAAUCAAAAGUUUUGUUGUUGGGAGUUGGAAGACGGCGAAAGUGCUGGCUGCGAUAACUGGACCACCUGGAGCGAAUUUAUGAAUCUGGGGCCUGAUGUAUAUAUUGUUCAAUGGACCUUUUAUGUAGCAUGGGCAACUCUGUUUGCCACAACAUGUGCCUAUCUUGUCAAAGUAUUUGCACCUUAUGCUGCUGGAUCAGGUAUUUCGGAAAUCAAAUGUAUUAUUGCUGGAUUUGUUAUGAAAGGUUUCUUGGGAGGAUGGACAUUAGUGAUGAAGAGUAUUGGAUUGACAAUGGCAGUUGCCUCAAAUUUGUCUAUUGGUAAAGAAGGCCCUUCUGUUCAUAUGGCAUGUUGUGUGGGCAAUGUCAUUUCUAGAUGCUUUAAAAAGUUCAAGACGAGCAAAGCUGAAAUGAGAGAGAUUUUGACAGCCUCAAGUGCAGCGGGUGUAGCAGUUGCUUUUGGUUCACCCAUUGGUGGUGUAUUGUUUGCUUUAGAAGAGAUGAGUUCUAAUUUCCCCAACAGAACUAUGUGGAAGAGUUUCUUUUGUGCCAUGAUAGCUACGAUUGUUCUUCAGUUUAUGAAUCCUUUUCGAACUGGUAAACUAGUCAUGUUUCAAGUAAGUUAUGAUCGUGAAUGGCAUUUCUUUGAGUACUUGUUUGUCAGUAUUAUUGGUCUGUUUGGUGGAUUAUAUGGUGCACUUGUUAUCAAAUAUAAUUUGAUUGUAGCUCAAUUCAGAAAGAACGUUUUGAAGAAUUACCCAAUUACAGAAGCAGCUUUCCUAGCCUUUGUUACUGCUUUAAUUGCUUUCCCUAAUGUGUUUCUGCGUAUUGAUAUGACUGAAAUCAUGGGUGUUUUGUUCAGAGAGUGCGAAGGAGCAGGCACAGAAAAUUAUCAUGGACUUUGCGAGAAGAGUGAAACUGUACGCAUGGUCGUAUUACUUUUUAUAGCCACUGCUUUACGUUGCUUUGGUACUAUCAUGACUUAUGGUGCCAAAGUGCCUUGUGGUAUUUUUGUUCCUUCCAUGGCCAUUGGUGCGACUUUUGGAAGAAUGAUUGGUUUACUUGUAAAAUCAUGGCAAGAAUCAGAUCCAGAAUUCUUUUUGUUUGCGUCCUGUCGACCUGAUAUGCCUUGUAUCACACCAGGAACCUAUGCUUUUCUCGGUGCAGCAGCAGCAUUAUGUGGUGUCAUGAGAAUCACAGUCUCUGUUGUAGUGAUUAUGUUUGAAUUGACUGGUCAAAUUACAUACAUUUUGCCUACAAUGAUUGCUUUGAUGAUUACUCGUGCUGUGGGUGACUGGUUUGGCUCUGGUGGUAUUGCUGAUCGUUAUAUCCGAUUAAACGGAUACCCAAUUUUAGACAAUGAUGAGCAAGUGUUUGGUGUUCCAGUAUCUCAUGUCAUGCAAGAGAACAUGACUGUAAUGACAGCAGCAGGAAUGACAUUUAAGAAUAUUGAAUCUAUUCUAGAGAACACAAACUUCCAAGGUUUUCCAGUAGUGGAAGACUCAAAAUCCAUGAUUUUAAUAGGUUUCAUUGGUCGUUCUGAGCUUCAGUACUUGAUAGAGAAAGCCAAAGUCAACAAAAAGGCACACGAUGAGACCAUUUGCCGAUUUACAGCAGAUGGUGACGAACCAGAGAUUUUGACAAGUACGGAAGUCGAUGGUGAUAAUGAUACCAACCGAGAUUUAAGAGGAUCUUCGGAUGUAGUUGAUUUUGGACCCUAUAUGGACCAGACACCCAUUACAGUGCAUCCCAAGCUCUAUCUAGAGACAGUCAUGGACAUGUUUAAACAGUUAGGGCCUCGGGUAGUUCUACUGGAAGAAAGAGGACGACUGAAAGGCUUGGUGACAGUCAAAGAUGUUCUAAAAUACACUGCUCGUAUUGAGAACAUUGACUCUCCUUCACCGGUACAUUAUUCAAGAGAAUGUGGUGGCGCAUUUGAUAAGUUCUCAAGUUGGUUAACCAGAAAAACCAACAAGAGAGAACAAGCUUAUACUCAAUUACGGAAUCGUAGUUCUAUUGAGAUAGAUAGACCGGAAGAAUCGCACGAACUUGAUAAUAGAUUGUAAUAAAAAGAUGCAUGUAACAUAACAAGUUAUUUUGGUUAAAAUCAAAAUCAUUGGCUGAAC